CUGCUAGGAGCGUUUCGUUAUUUAUCGGUUUCUGCUAGCAGCUAAAAAGUGUUUUAAUUCCAUUGUUGAAACCACGAAUCGUAAAGUUGUACACUCUGCAUCGCGAUAAAAAUUCAACGCGCAACCAUUGUGGCGACCACGGAAAGUGCCGCAAAAGGAUCGUCCUCGUCGAUCCUACCCGUAGAAGGUCGCUGGUGGAAGGUGGCGAGCUUGCAAGAUGUCGAUGGCCCAUGGAAACAACUAUGAUUAUCAUCGAACUAUGUUCGAUGGCGAACGAAAUGAGCGGUGCGCCUGUUGCGUGCGUACGAUGAAAUGGUUUCCGGUGCUGUUCAUCGUGUCUGUGAUCGGUUGGUCAUACUACGCGUUUGUGAUACAACUUUCGUUCUUUACCGUCACCAAUAUUGUUCAAAGGAUAUUGUUCCUGCUGUUCUAUCACGCCGUGCUGGUUAUGUUUCUGUGGUCCUACUACCAGACAGUAUUCACCGAUAUCGGUAGAGUUCCCUCCAGGUUUCGCGUUCCGAGAGCUGAGCUGGAUCGAAUAGUACGCGCGACGAAUGAAGAAGAACAGAAACAAAUACUGGAACUAUUCGCAAAGGAGCUCCCCGUCGUGACACGCACGUUAAAUGCAACGGUGCGUUUUUGUGACAAAUGUCGGCUGAUCAAACCCGACCGGGCACAUCACUGCAGCGUGUGUGGCGUCUGUGUGCUCAAGCUAGACCAUCACUGUCCGUGGGUAAACAACUGUAUUAACUUCACCAACUACAAGUACUUCAUUCUAUUCCUUGGCUACGCACUGCUGUACUGUUUGUAUGUAGCGUGCAGUACCAUACCCUACAUGGAGUUGCUAUGGACGGGAAAAAUCGAUGGAAGAUUUCACAUUUUGUUUCUGUUUUUCGUUUCCAUCAUGUUUGCAAUCAGUUUGGUUAGCCUAUUCGGCUAUCACGUUUAUCUGGUGCUGCUAAAUAGAACCACUUUAGAAUCAUUUCGUACGCCAAUAUUUCGAUACGGUGGGCCAGACAAGAAUGGGUUCAGCUUGGGAAAGUUGAACAACUUUCGGGAAGUGUUUGGCAACGAUUGGCGAUUAUGGUUCGUUCCGGUAUAUACCAGCCUUGGGGAUGGAAUAUUGUUUCCCACCCAUUCGCACCAUUUAGCAUCGAACUCACCGCAUGAAGUUGGGUCGCCAGUAGCGCCACUGACCGCCAUCACCGGCGGCAGUCCCAAUUGUAAUGGUUCGGUUGCAAAUGGCACCGUCGGUGUGGACCCUCCAAACCCUCAUACGAUCGUUCUAGAACACCUCGACGAGCGGAAGGAAGGCGGUGGGCACCGUCUCCAGGGUCAGCAACAGGUUGUGGCGAUGCCGCUGAGCACAAAUGGCGGCUUGCCACUGCAGGAAACCAAAGAGAGCUUCGCAUCCUCCCAUCCCCUUUAGUAGCUCGUAGAAUGAAGGGCUUUUGUUUUGUUUGCUGAUUUCGGGGGAACUGUAAAGAAGGGUCAGAAAAAGAAAACGAAACAUUUAAAAUAUUCAAACACCCUCCUCGUUAAAUUUUUGCUCACUGGGUGGGUCACACUCACUCCUAAUACGCACUAAUGCGCGCAUCGCCUUACUCUCUUGAAUAAUAAGCUGCUAAUGGGAAUUUGUAAUCAAUGAACUUUUGUUCUUCGAUAGGAUUAGCCAUUAAGAACCUCAGUUUAGUGUUAACGUUAACAACUAAGUUUCUACUACCUUUUGCUAUUUGUUAUACAAUCGAAACCGCACGCAUCGCAGAGUAUGUGGAAGUUUCCAAACUAGAUUUCGAAUGUUUCCAAACUUAAUGAAACGACAACGUAAGGUACAAACGACAGAGACGGGAACGGUAGGCAGAAUACAGUGAAACAGUGGGAAGUGUAACUGCCUUUAAGUGUGCUAGUAGUAAUGAGUUUCCUUAUCUUCCUUUAUGAUUAAUAAUUUGAUGAUAAAGAGAUGAUAAAUUGUCUAUGGACAAACAUACCGUCUUUACUCAACUAACUUCCUGUAAAAGUAUUUCAUAACAAUCAAAAACACCCGUAUUUUUCUAAAGGACUGGAAAUAAACACUUA